GCCAGGCGCGCGGGCCUCCCGGGAAUGGGCCACCGGCCUAGCCACCUGUGGCCCGGGGAGGGUUCCGGUGGCGAGAGUGGGGCAGAGUGCCGCGGUGCCCCAGGAACCCCUGAUCCAAAUGGCGCAUAGGGCACCGAACCGGGGCUGGACUCGGGCAUUCUGGAGGCUGGCGAGCUCGGGCUUCUGAGAGGCCUCCGUACCCGUUGCGCGUCGAGUCGAUUCCGACUCAGCGACACUAUCGGACAGAGUAGAACUGCCCCAUAGAGUUCCCAAGGAGCGCCUGGUGGAUUUGAACUGCUGACCUUGGUUAGCAGCCGUAGCGCUUAACCACUACGCCACCCGGGUUUCCGAGAGGCCGCAGUCGGGUUUGCAGAAGGGCGCAGGCAAGUCCCAGAUGCGUGGGGGGCUCCACUGAACCUUCCCUCCUAUGCACGCACCUCCUGCCCUCCCAGGAAAGGAGAUCCUAAGCCAUCACCUCCCAUCCUGGCCAUCUUUUCACUGCUUUUUCCUGGAAGGAUACUGAGGGCGAGUAUUGCAGCUUCUAGGGGCCAGGACUCUUGCCCCCUUCCCCAACCAGUUCCCCCAGCUGGAGCCCUCAGAAGCUCUUGUCCCACCCCCUUGAGCUGCAGGCCCCAGGCCUUUCCUAGGGAACCUGCAAACCUAUCGCACUGCAUGCCCCAUGAUCCCUGGGUUGCUAUAGCCAUAACACCCUAGGGGAGUGCUGUUGGAAAAACAGGGCCCCAGCUCCUCCUCCCAGGCCCCACCCCACUGCUCACGCAGCCCUCCUCAUAACCAUCUCUCUUUCCUGGUUCCCAGCCACACCAGGUGACACACAGAGCUGAAAACAUGGUUCAGCAGGUGCUCUACCGGGCACUGGUCUCCACCAAGUGGCUGGCAGAGUCGGUCCGGGCUGGCAAGCUGGGGCCUGGCCUGCGGGUGCUGGAUGCAUCGUGGUACUCGCCGGGUACCCGUGAAGCUCGCAAGGAGUACCUGGAGCGCCAUGUGCCUGGCGCCUCCUUCUUUGAUAUAGAGGAGUGUCGGGACACGGCUUCACCCUACGAGAUGAUGCUGCCCAGUGAGGAGCGCUUCGCCGACUAUGUGGGCCGCUUGGGCAUCAGCAACAGCACACAUGUGGUGGUGUAUGAUGGUGACCAUCUGGGCACCUUCUAUGCGCCCAGGGCCUGGUGGAUGUUCCGUGUGUUUGGCCACCGAACUGUGUCAGUGCUCAAUGGUGGCUUCCGGAACUGGCUGAAAGAGGGCCACCCAGUGACAUCUGAGCCCUCACGCCCAGAGCCCGCUGUCUUCAAAGCCACACUCAACCCUUCCUUGCUCAAGACCUAUGAGCAGGUGCUGGAGAACCUUAAAUCUAAGAGGUUCCAGCUGGUGGAUUCACGGUCCCAAGGGCGCUACCUGGGCACUGAGCCAGAGCCAGAUGCAGUAGGACUGGACUCGGGCCACAUCCGUGGCUCCGUCAACAUGCCGUUCAUGGACUUCCUGACGGAAGAAGGCUUUGAGAAGAACCCUGAGGAGCUCCGUGCCAUGUUCGAGGCCAAGAAGGUGGACCUUGAACAGCCCCUUAUCGCCACCUGCCGGAAGGGCGUCACCGCCUGCCACAUUGCCCUGGCUGCAUACCUCUGUGGCAAGCCUGACGUGGCCGUCUAUGAUGGCUCCUGGUCUGAGUGGUUCCGCCGGGCCCCCCCGGAGACCCGUGUGUCCCAGCAGAAGGGUGAGAAGGCCUGAGCAGAGUCCCCUUCACUCGCCUGCUGUAACUCUGGCGAGUUUAGUGACCCUGGCGUGACCUGCAGCUGGCCUAUACCUCUCUGGUGAAGGAGAUUGACAAGUUUUAAAAAUUGCUAUGUAAAACUCUCCCUUUCCCCAAUAACGCUGGAAUAAAAUCUGCCUUUUCUGAGAA